AUGUCUACUCCAACCCCAGGAGGGUUCUCGCUAUUCCCGAACCCAAACUCUUCCAAACCACCACCAACUUCACGGAACCAAACUCCUCGACCUCGUCGUUCGGAAUCUCGUGAACGGGAUUUACGAUCUGUUACACCACAGGCCAUGGCUUCUGAAACACCUGAGCCUGUCUCGCCGCCGAGAAAUGGACGACAGACGCCACAGAAUAGGUCCCAGACACCUCAGAGAUCUCAAACACCACAAAACAGAUCACAGACGCCUCAAAGUACAUCACCACAGAAUAGAUCACAUACCCCAAUCGAAUUCGAUCCUAUUCGCCAACAAGCUGAACCAAAACCUGUCAAAGUCCAAAGACCAAGGCCAACCGUCCAAAUCCCAGGUCGUGCUGAUACAGGCAACAUCCAAGGCCCCACGCUCGUCCGCAGCAGCAGUGAUCGAUCACGAAGUUCCAUAGCGAAACCUCCUCUGGGUGGUGAAUCCACUGCGCAACCUCUUCGAUCCAUCUUUCCAGCGUAUAACCCAGACUUGCCGCUGAACCAGCAAAAUUAUGUUCCCACAGAGACUCGACCUGCCGAAAUCCCACGAGCAGUUAUUAGUCGGCAGACAUACCAUGAAACACCAGCCGGAGCUGCACCUCGAAAUGCGCCUGUUCGAAGUCCUAUUAUUAGUCCCAUGAGCAUUCAAUCUACGCAGCCUUCGUGGCCUCAUCGUGCUGUUCAGCAACAGGAGCCCCCUCUAAUUCCGACGGUUAGUUCGAAUGAACUUCUCAAGAGUUACUGGAAAGUUGCGAAUGGAUGGCAGGCUUCACCAUCAGAGGGAAGAGUGUACUGCAUGAAGUUGACGCAGGAAAAAGAUGCGCCUGUUUACAGUCUUUCGUCUGCGACACAGCCUUUUUAUAACCUGCGCUUGGAUCCAACUUCGGCAUCGGCAUAUGUGACUCUUACGAGACAUGACCCCAACAAACCUUACAAAGCACCCAAGCCUGAAGCAAGUUCUUCAGCGAGCAGUAUUAUUAGUGGUGUUGUCGGACACAGCUCGGGAAGCAAAGUCACCGACACGAAGCAUUGGCAAGAAGCUCUUACUACGACUCUGGAAGAAGAGACGCGAAGACAUCCCCCCAACGAUGGUCUCGUUGCACUUCUUAUGCCUACACCAGCUACAAAGAUGGCCAUUGAGAGAUCCCAAGAUCCUGCGUCUGUUAUGCUAGCAGAGAGGGAAUGCGCCCGUCUUGUGUGGGACGAAGAUAGUUCCCAUCACUUCCUCGUCCAUCCCGCCCUCGCAACACCUUUCUGCGUCACCAUCGAGCGAUCCCCCUCAUGGUCUCGUGUAGAGUACACACUCGAACACAACGAAUCACCCCAACAUCUCGCCAAGCUUACCCGCGACGGCACCGGCAGCGGCUGGUUAGAGAUUGACACAGGCAUCGCCUCAAAGAUAGAGUCAUACUUUAUCGUCGACGUAGCAGUCACAGCACUUCUCCUCGUAGCCCAAGGCGACGAAAAGAACAAUCCCAUCACAGAAGCCUUUGAGCCUCCACCACCUCUGAUCCUCACAGCCAAGCAAGAAAAGCGUCUUAGCAAGCUAGGCAAGCGCGAGGAAAAGAAGAGCAAGAAGCGCAACAUGGAAGCGUUUGAGAUUGACGUCGAAAGUCAAGAUGAGAGUCUCGGCAAGGGCAAGAAAGAGAAGGAAGACAAGUUACCCUUUUUGCUUCGGGUGAUUGUCAAGAUUGUCAAGGGUCUUUUUGCUUGUUUUAUCUGGUUGUUGACGAUAAGUUUCCGAUGUGUUGGGUUUGCGUUUAAAGGGUGUUGUGGGUGCCUCGCGUCAAAGUAUUAA